GAUUUUUUAGUGCUGUAAACGUGUCUUGACAGAAAAGGUCGUACUGCGCCGGAUUAUGCGCAUAGAUUUAAGAUCAAAGUCGCCAUAUUGCUAACUGUCUAAAUCGGAAAAUUAAGCAAGAGAGAGAGAUUUUUUGUAAGUGAUAGUACUAAAGAAGCAGGUGUCGAAAUGUCUGUUUUGAAUCAAAGUGGAGAGGAGCAAGUUGAAUGCCCAUUGUGCAUGGAACCCCUGGAGGUGGAUGAUCUGAAUUUCUUUCCGUGCACAUGUGGAUACCAGAUCUGUCGUUUCUGCUGGCACAGGAUCCGCACGGAUGAGAACGGGCUGUGUCCGGCGUGCCGCAAGGCGUAUUCCGAAAACCCCGCCGACUUCAUCCCCCUGUCGCAGGAGCAGGUGGCAAAGCUCAAGGCGGAGAAGAGGCAACGCGACCAGCAACGCAAGGCCAAGCUGACGGAGAGCCGGAAGCACCUGGCCAGCGUCAGGGUGGUGCAGAGGAACCUGGUGUUUGUGGUAGGUCUGCCUAUGAGGCUGGCCGAUCCCGAGGUGCUGAAACGGCACGAGUAUUUUGGCAAGUUCGGCAAGAUUCACAAAGUGGUCAUUAACCAGUCCACGUCGUACGCUGGGUCGCAGGGGCCCAGUGCAAGUGCCUAUGUAACUUACAUGAAGAGUGAUGACGCUUUAAGAGCCAUACAAAGUGUUAAUAAUAUAACGAUAGAUGGCAGACUGAUUAAGUCCAGUUUAGGUACCACGAAAUAUUGUUCGCACUUCAUGAAGAACCAGACGUGUCCAAAGCCUGACUGUAUGUACCUACACGACUUUGGAGACUCCGAGGCGAGCUUCACGAAAGAGCAGAUGCACGCCGGCAAGCACCAGGAGUAUGAGAAAAAGCUGCACGAGAACCUGCUGUCCCGGACCGCCAACAAUAACAACAACACAACCGGCAUGACGGCGGAUAGCAGCAAGACCAGCGCCCCCAUUCCCACCACGGGCGGCAGCAAGUCGUCUUCCAAAGAGAACGUGACGGUGCUGUCGAGCAGCGUCAGCAGCAGCAGCAGCACCACGUCCAACGUCAGCACCGGCACAAACAAGGAUGGCUGGCCGCAGCUGGAGAAGGAGAAGAGGGAGAAGGAGAAGGGGAGGAAGGGUAAGGCGAAGGGCGAGAGCAGUAUUAGGAAGGAGAGGAAGGAGGGUGCGGGCGGCGGAAAGGGGGAGUCGAGGACGGAAAAAAGUAAAACAGAUGUAAAAGAAGAUAAACCAACGUCGCCGGCCCCCACACAAACAGAAAAGGCGCCCACGCCCCCCACAGAGCCGCAUCCGCCCUCCACGUCGUCUAAACUCCCCCCCAUCAUAGACGACAACUCUAGCUUCUUCUCAUUGAACUCCUUCCAGAAAAUAGCGGCGCCCAGUCAUCCCGACGAGCAGGCGGACGUGGAGCACGCGGAUCCGGAGAGCACGCAACCCUCCUCCAUCCUCACAGACACGCUGCCCAACAUAAACACGACGGAGGACUGGGCGGCUGCGUUCGGGUUUCCAAGGCACGCGUCGGAACGUCUCGUAGAGGAGAUAGGUACCAAACAGCAGGAGGAGAUGAAGGGGCCGCUGGAUACGUUCAGGAACGGGUUCAGUUCGUUGGGCGGGCACGACAACGGGUUCAGUAAAGACCCGGAGUUGUACAAUGGGCUAUACGAGAUGUCUAAAAUGCACGAAAACAUAAUGGAUGCUCUCUCGAACAAAAGCAGCAGUUUCGGGUACAAGCAGGAACCCCAGCCGCCGGUGCCCAGCAUAUCGAACGGCCUGAACGGUCUCGAUCAGAACAUGUCGAAGUUCUUCAUGGACUUUCACAAAAACAACAAAGAAGUGACUCAGCCUCAGUAUUCGAACGGUUUCAACGGUAUCCACCAGAACUACUAUCCGGGCGUGCAAGGCGCGGCGGAUAGGAUCAUGCUUCUGCAGCAAAAACAGUUGGAGGAACAAUUACUGAACCUCAGUUUAAAACAAGGGUUCGGAGGAGGGUCGGGAUAUCAGAACGGUAUGACUCCUCAACGGUUUCUUAACGGGGACAACGGGGGGUUUGGGAAUAUACACGAGCAGUUGUACAACAGUUCUAACGUCAAACAGAGUUCGAGGAACGUGGAGGAUGAGUUGGGUUUCGACCCCUUCCAGGAGACACAGAAGGCGUUUGCCGAACUGAUGGCUAGUGAACAGAACCACAAAACGCAUAGUACAGGCCGUAGUCAAGUAAAUGGGGUGAUCCACAAUCAAAACGGGGGCCAGCUGCCCCCACCUCCCGGUUUCGUGCAGCAAAACACACACAUGAACUCUUUCGGUAGUAAAAUUUUACCUUUCUUAAAUAUGUCUAGUAGUCAACAACAAAUUAAUAGUUCAACACAAAGUAAUUGGCCUAGUAGUUUUAAUUCGCAGCUGCAGCAGCCCCCGCAGCAGCAGCAACAGAAAAACAUAAGCAACUCGUGUAACGACUGGAAGGUGUUGGACCCGGCGAUACUGUCGUCCAGCCGUCACUACCCCCUAGCGAAUAUGCCUCCGAUCAGAGACCACUAUUCGAACGUGACACAACUAGGGACACAACAACAGUUACAGAACGGGGCCCCCCUGAGGUCCUACGAGUACACAAACAACGCGUUCUCAAAUUUUACACAACAGUUACAGCCAAAUUUUAAUAAUUUUUCACAUUUGAGCUCUCCACAGAACUUGAAUUGGUUCAGUAGUGAUUUAAAUUCUCAAAUAUCUAGCCCACCAGGUUUUAGGAAUAGUCAGACAACUAAGCAGCAAGAAUGUUAGAAAGAAAAAUAAAUCAAUUUUUGAAUGUG